AUGGUUAUACAAGCACCUCCUAGAACCUCCGUAGAAAUUAAUACACUUGGACAGAAUAAUAUUUCUUUGGAUGAUGUUCGCUAUGAAAUGAAAUUAAAAAGUUAUUCUGGCGCAGCACAAGUUAUUCCUGUUAAUAUGGGGGAUUCUGAAGGUUUUCGAAGUUUAACACCGCCGCCUACUGAAAACGAUUAUUUACAUUUGAGCUCGGAGGACGAAAAAUCUGCACCUUCUCAACUUUGGGAUUUUUUACACUUUCCUAUACAAUUUGUUCAUACUCAACCAAGACAGAGAUCGAAACUUGGAGAUAUUUCGCAUGGAAUAUUAAGUAGAGAACAAAGUCACUCUUAUGCUGUUCCAAUCGAACUAAGCGAUGAGGAGGAGGUAGUAAUUGAUGAUGGUCAAUUUAAUUUGUAUUCUGAAAAUAUUGAAAGGGAGGAUCUCAUUACUAUUCAUUAA